CCUCACCCAACAACCACCCCAAAAUGGCCAAAGCAAAAGGCGAAGAAAAGGGAGAGUCCUCCACAUCCGCAGCAAAGAAAGUCUUGAAAGCCAAUACUAAUGGUAUCGCCAACUACGAAUUGCCAUGGUAACCUUCCCCUCCAUUCUCUUUGACUUCGCAAAACUGAUUUCAAUGUAGGGUUGAGAAGUACCGACCUGUCUUCCUCGAUGAUAUCGUGGGUAAUACCGAGACGGUGGAGCGAUUGAAGAUCAUUGCGAAGGAUGGGAAUAUGCCGCAUGUUAUUAUUUCUGGAAUGCCGGGAAUUGGGAAGACGACUUCGGUGCUGUGUCUUGCGAGACAGAUGUUGGGGGAUUCGUAUAAGGAGGCGGUUCUUGAGCUUAAUGCUAGUGACGAGCGAGGUUUGUAGCCCCCCAAUGUUACAGCAGAACUAUACUGAUACUCGAGACUUCAGGUAUUGACGUAGUCAGGAACCGCAUCAAAGGCUUCGCCCAAAAAAAAGUAACACUCCCCCAAGGCCGACAAAAACUCGUCAUUCUCGAUGAAGCAGAUAGUAUGACCUCGGGUGCUCAACAAGCUCUUCGUCGAACGAUGGAAAUCUACUCUGCAACUACCCGUUUCGCAUUCGCAUGCAAUCAAUCGAAUAAAAUCAUUGAACCGUUACAAUCUCGCUGCGCAAUCCUUCGGUACUCUCGUCUAACAGAUGCCCAAGUCGUGAAGCGGAUAUUACAGAUUAUUGAGGCGGAAAAAGUAGAAUACAGUGAGGAUGGACUAGCGGCAUUAGUUUUUACUGCGGAGGGAGAUAUGCGACAAGCGAUCAAUAACUUGCAGUCUACGUGGGCAGGUUUCGGUUUUCUGAGCGGGGAUAAUGUGUUUAAAGUCGUGGACUCGCCGCAUCCUGUUAAGAUUCAGGCAAUGCUCAAGGCGUGUCAUGAAGGUAAGGUGGAUGCAGCGUUGGAGAUUUUGAAAGAGCUUUGGGAUUUGGGAUACUCGAGUCACGAUAUUAUCAGUACUAUGUUCCGAGUUACGAAGACGAUACCGACUUUGAGCGAGCAUGCGAAAUUGGAGUUCAUCAAGGAGAUUGGAUUUACGCAUAUGAAGAUUCUGGAAGGAGUUCAGACUUUGCUUCAGCUGAGUGGGUGUAUUGCGAGAUUGUCGAAACUCAAUAUGAACCCAGAUCAGUUCAAAACCAAAAAAUAA